AUGAAAUACCUUGCUCAGUUAAAGAAGGAGAAGGAGCACCUGGCCUUAAAGGUGGAGGAAGAGGAGGAGUAUCUAACAAAUACACUUCAAAAGAAGAUGCAUGCAAUUAUGAAGGAGAAGGUAGAGCUAGAGAAGAUGUUGGAGGUAGAGGAAGAGUUCAUUGUGAACAAGUUGCAGAAACAGAUACAAGAGGUAAAUAGAGAGAAAAAGGCAUUGGAGAAGAGAUUGGAAUCAGAGUUGAGUGAUCAUAAGCAUUUGUUGAAACUAGAAGGCGAGGUACUGGUACUCCAACAAAAGAUUAAGCAGUUGGAACUAUCCAGUGAACAUAACAAAGAGGAUAUGGCAUCGUUAAAGUCUGAGAACUUUGUCCUAUGCCAAAAGAUUGCUAGGGAGCAGGAGAAGAUCAACCGGGUGACUACAGAGAACUCAUGUCUAAUGUCCAAGUUGGAGAUCGAUGGUGAUGGCCCUGCCAUGCCAUGA